AUGGACCUCUGGCAACUAUUUAACUUCAUCGUAUGCUAUGCUGUCUUAAAUUCAACUGCCUUCAAAAACUCAUAUUUUGCGAUGGCUGAAUCGGGAUUUACUGUUGCGAUACUUUGGCUGUACUGGGUCUCCGCAAUUUUCAGAUUCAUUCCAGGUGUAUUUUAUCAUACGAAGGGUUGGAAGGAAACUUUCAUGCAAGCUCCUUUAUUUCGCUUGUUCAGCGUUACUAUUAGUAUAUAUAUUGGUAUUCUUUCCAUAAUUAUAGAUAGAAAAUACUGGGGGCCGGGACGCAACGACAUACGGAAGCCACCAAAAUGGCUGAGAAAUCAUGUAGUACACGAUGAAUUCGAAGAAAAAGAACGCAUUGAUUAUGGACUUCCAAAGAAAUGCUGGUUCUUAUCAGGACAAACAACAAAUCCUUUGCUAGGCCCUCUAAGUGCCUAUUGGCAAAUUAAAGAUGGCAAGAUAAGCUAUAAAGAUGGGUUCUGGGUAAGUAAAUGGAACGAUGACCCAUGGAUAGAAAAUGGCUUUGUGCAGUUUGAGCCCCUCGGACUUUCAGGAACUGUUAUUAUGAUAUUUUCCAUGGUAUUUGUUAUCGCAAUUGGUUCAAUAGAAGGAGGAAUUGGUUGGACGCUUCUCUUAUCGUUGUAUGCUUUCUUUUUUCCUGGAAUGGCUGAUCUCGUAUGGCAUUGUACAAUUGGGACUAUUAUAGGAUGUGCCCGUGAGGGAUCAUUCAACGAAUUUAAAGUUUGGUGGUAUCGCGUUCGUUUAAUUAUUAGCGUAUUGUCGCUGACUGCUAUGUCUCUCUGUCCAUUUUCAUUAUUAAUAGCAUUCUUAUUACAUAAUUUUGAACCUCUCCGUGCAACUGCUAUGGUAAAUUGUAUAAUCUUAUGGCUAUGUCCGGGAUGUCAUGCUAUUAGGCGCACAUGGUUUCUGAUAUCAUCCACUUUCAUAUUUUAUGUUUGGUAUCAAAAUACCGGGGAUGUUGUUAACCUUGUUCAAUUUGCAUAAUAUAUUUAAAAAGAAAUUGUUAGUUUCAUACGAUUGCUUGAUUUAUUUAUACAUAUGUAUUUAACUUUUUUCCUCAUGUAAUUACUGUACUUUAUAAUAAUUUAUUAAUAAAAUCUUUAAUACCAUUUAUUAUGAUCUAGUCUAC